AUGCAGAAUCUGUUUUCUCUUGGCGACCUCAAAGACGCCGACGACGACGAAGCUUCCUGGUCUCUUCGCGAGUACUUUCUUCGCCUCGCAACCCAGUGCCCCACGGUUGUGUUUGAUCUCGCUACAGCCCAACGUGUUAUCAAAACUGACAAAAAGUCGCCUCGCUUUUGGGAAUUCGCGCUCGUGUUCAACCCAACAUUAAUUGUUCAACGCGCCGAGCCGUUGACUUGGAUGUGGCUAGCGGCAUCCGAAUUCUUUGCUUAUCCUUGGACAGGCCCGGCCAUUCUUCCUCUCAUUGUGGAGGAAUUUGAGCGACUAGAAAGAGAGUCAAAAAUAUCCAAGGCUCAGUCCAAGUCUAAGAAGCGCCCUGCAUCUACUCCAGAGAACCCAAAAGGUGGGAAGGCCAACAAUUCGCGCCCGUCUCCCUCUGUCCCGAUGCAAACCGACCCGGCACCAAAGGGUCGGUCCCAACCCUUCCAACGAACUCCACCUUCCGAUGCCACUCCUCCUUGCCAACAAGUGAUCCUGUCUGACGCCGUCCACGUCAUCGCCGGCACCCCAACCGGAACACAGGAAGCCAGUGCUCCAGCUGCCGCCGUCGUGGAAGCCAACAAUCCGUGUGCGCGGACCAGUGAGGAACAUGGAGCAGAGGACCACAAUAGCGCCCCGACCUACAGGGACGCUGCUGCCGCUCUCCCCGCUCCCGCGGUUCCUCUCACCACCGACGAACGAUUGAUGCGCCUUCUCACUGUCCAUUGGAAUGCCUCUCCCUUCCGGCACAUUACCAUCUUCAACGUGUCGAUUGUCUUUGAUUGGCAGGGCGUCGGUUCGUCCGAGUUCAAUCAAGUCCAGACCGCCUACAAUGCCUUCCAUCAGUUUGCUUCCGGUAUUUGGG